AUGGAACAACAGAAUCAGUCAAAAGAUAUCGUUCAACUGCCAAAACCACAGCUCGAGAAGAUAUCGCCUGCUGUGCACAUGCGCAACGAACGUGUUAAUCUCCAGACACGGCAAAGAUGGGCUAUCGCAUCAUUACGCAAUCUAUUGAAUGGAGCGACAGAUGAUGCGAAUGUUCGACAGAUAUUCGAUACAGAAAUGUCUCGGGUGGACGCCAACCGUGGUCAGGAUCUCAUUCAGGCAAUAAGGGAGCAAGCUCCCGGCAGCGCACUCUGCCGACUAGUAGAGGCCGGAUCGACAGUGGGACAAACAGAGCUUGUCACUUUGGAUUAG